AGGGAGGCCUGUGUCCUCCACUGGCCCGAUUUAGGACUCAUCCUCCAUCCCUGGCUCCCGUAUGGCCCGGCCCCCGCUCUGGUGGCUUGAGUCGCUGUUCAAGAGGGGAGUGGUGGUCGCGGCCCUCUAUGCCUGUCCUUCCCUCUCCUCCUGCCUCCCGUCUUGGCUCCUGUGUGAAGCGAUCCGUGGCCUUUCCCCAUUUUGCAGUUGUUUUAAUGAAUGGUAAAGGAUGAAGAUUUUUAGGCAAAUAUAUUGUUCCAGGAAAAGAAAUGCUGUCAGAAAAACAAAUCAUUCCCAGGGAAAACUGUAUCCCCACACUCCCUUUCUUUUCUCCCCCUUCCCUGCCACAUUGGUUUGGAUCUACUAUUUGAGCUGAUAAACGUUCCCCUCUCUUAUUAUGACAUUGCGGGCCCCCUCCCAUCCUAGUGUCUUGCAUGCAUGCACAGGGACACACACACGCACAUGCCCGCACAUACAUGGGUGUGUGCACCCGGGCACACAUGCACGCGUCCGUGCGUGCGCACACACACACGCACACACUCAAGCAUGCCCAAAACCUUCCAAUGCAGCUGCCUUACCGCUGCCCCCCGUACUCAAGGUUCCUGAGUGUCCCCUCCCCCCCACAUGCUUGGCCACACAUGUACAGACACCCUCUCAGACAUUGUCACACUCCCCAGUGCCUUCCCCUGAGAGAGAUACAGAAUAACUGACAGACACACAGCCUCCCACCCUCCGGUGCCUUUCCUGCCUCUCACCACCUUCCACAAACAUACCUCCCCUCCUCCCUGUGCCUCUGCAUGCUCUGGUGAGCAUACAACACAACACACACCCCCCCACACCCUCUGUGAGGUCUUACCCCUUGCCUGCCACUGACACACGUAAGGAUAUCCUUGGACUGCUGGCUUCUUUUUCCUACACCACUUACACGCAUACUCACCCACACGCUCUUUCACAUUCCCCUCUCAGGUGCUCCCUGUCUGCUACAUAUGUCUAGACAGCCUCCUUCGCUGGUCCCUGCCAUGCACACACUCACACUCACAUAAAUCCCUAUCUUGGAACAUCCCCCCUUCCUGUCACCACAUCCAUGAAUACAGAUGUUCUUUGAUUGCUGGUGCCCACCCACCUGCCACAUGCAUGUCCCUCUCCAGUGAUGUCUCCCCAUUGAUGCAUUUGUUCACACUGACACUUCUCGAUUGUUGCCUCCCAUUUUGAUGAACACACACACAAACUGGAGGACACUCCAUUCAAUGCCACUAUACUCCUCCUGGCCUGCCACAGACACAUAAACAUAGGCAUCCCUCCCUAGAGCUCCAGCCAUCACACAUCAGAACCACAUGCGCAUUCUCUUUCUAUCAUACAUUCACAUGCCCCUCUCCUCUGAAGCCACACCAUGCCUGUCAUUUUCAUACCCACAUCCACAAUGGGUCUCAUUCUGCCCAACAGUCAUGCCUUUUCCCAUGCUGCUGUCACCAGCCCUUUCCCUUUACAAACACAGGAGUCUUUCAUCUUCAUGAUUGCUGGUCCCCCUUCCACCUGUCCUGCUCCUCCUGACAGACACUAGGCACUCUCACAUACAUAGUGAUGGUGAUCUAUAUUUUCCACUCUAUUCCAAUUUGCAUUUCUCCUGUAUGUCUACAGGGCUCAGAAAAAUGCAGGCGCCCCAUAAAAAAACCACAGCCAUCUUUCCUCUUCCCAUGUUGGCACAAUUCCAGUGUUUCACCCACCUUCUGAACGUCCAGUCACCUUCCAUCUUCCAUCAGAUUCUCCCAUAAGUCUGGCUUUCCUACAAACCCAGUUUUGUAAUCAUUUUGCCAACAUUACAAAUGUGUUCCAGUUCUACACCUGACAGUCACUUGAAUGCUAUUCCAGGCUUUAGAAGAAAGUGAAACUAAUUUUAAAGGCCCCUUCUUUUUUUUUUUCUUUACCUGCUGAAGUGAAAAUAAAUCUCCCUGCUCCUUUAUUCUGAACUGAUUUGACCUCUCCAUCUCCAAAGCGUGUGCAGGGAGCAGGAGCCUUCCCACUCAAUCCCCAGCCAUAUUGGAAACGCUCCUAAAUAGAGCAAAUGGGUCAGGAAUCUAGCAAGCCUAUCUGGCCCAAGCCAGCAGGAGAGUAUCAGUCCAAUACAGGCAGGAGGUAUGGAAGAAGGCAUGCUUAUGUCAGUUUCAGGCCAUCCACAAGCCAGCAAGAAAGGAUUUCCAGGCAGACAAAGACGCCAUCCGAAGUCCCAAUGCACAGAUCAGCCCCCAGUCAAACCACCAAGAGGAGCCGAUCACCGUUUUCCACCACUCGUCGUAGUUGGGAUGACAGCGAGAGCUCAGGAACCAGCCUGAACGCUGAUAAUGAGGACUACUCCAGCACUUCCAGGUGGAGGGAGACUGCCAGCGCUGAUGAAGGCCACUUGGAUGGCCUGGCAAGAAGGAGCGGAGGUGAGGGCUCAAGUGGCUACCCUGAGCCGAAGUACCCCGAAGACAAGAGGGAAGCCAGGAGUGACCAAGUGAAGCCCGAAAAGGUGCCUAGACGGCGACGAACCAUGGCCGACCCCGACUUCUGGACGUACAGCGAUGACUACUACAAAUUCUUUGAAGAAGACUCUGACAGUGACAAAGAGUGGACUGCGGCUCUGCGUCGCAAGUAUCAUGGUCGGGAGCAAAAUCUGUCAUCCAGCGGCGAGAGCUGGGAGACUCUGCCAGGAAAAGAAGAGCUUGAAGCCGAGCAAGCCAGAGUGAAUGCCAGUGCUGGUGCCAGUGCUGGCACCAGUGGCAACAAUGAACUUGAAGAAGUUCGAGGGCCAUCUCUCCAGGAAGAGGAAAGGGCAUCCCCCGAAGAAGGAGAAGUUCCUUGGCUCCAAUACAAUGAAAACGAGAGCAGCAGUGAGGGGGAUAAUGAUUCUGGUCAGGAGUUUCUGCAGCCUGGUGUCUUCAUGCUGGAUGGCAACAACAACCUUGAAGAUGACUCUAGCGUCAGUGAAGACCUCGAAGUGGAUUGGAGCCUCUUCGAUGGGUUCGCGGAUGGGCUGGGGGUAGCCGAAGCCAUUUCCUACGUGGAUCCUCAGUUCCUCACAUACAUGGCACUUGAAGAACGCCUGGCCCAGGCAAUGGAAACUGCCUUGGCACACUUGGAGUCUCUGGCGGUGGAUGUGGAGGUGGCCAAUCCACCAGCCAGCAAGGAAAGCAUCGACACUCUUCCUGAGAUCCUGAUCACGGAAGAUCACAGUGCGGUGGGGCAGGAGAUGUGUUGCCCCAUCUGUUGCAGUGAAUAUGCGAAGGGGGAGGUGGCGACGGAGCUGCCAUGCCACCACUAUUUCCACAAGCCUUGCGUGUCCAUCUGGCUUCAGAAGUCAGGCACCUGCCCUGUGUGCCGCUGCAUGUUCCCUCCCCCACUUUAAGACCAAGGCUCUUUACUCCUGGUCUGAUGAUUUUCCCCAUCGGAAAUCCACAAUACUGCAGGAGCCCUCUCCAAAUUAACCAUUGCAAUGAAACCAAUCAGUCGAUUAAUCUCCACCUGUUGAUUCCUUGUGAUUAUUUCCAGUGUGAAAAUGAUUGUGUAUGAUUGCAUAACAAAAAUCAUACUGUGUUUUAGAGGUUAGAAAGGGAAAACCAAAUUUUCUAAGUGCUACUUGAGAUUGCAGCAAGAAGAUGCAUUUUCUAACCUGAGCAGUGAAAUGUUGCCUUUUUUUUUCAGUAGAACAUGUUGCUGUUGAUUGUAAUGUCAAGUUUAUCUGUUAAAUUUGUCCAAGAGGCAUCAUCAUUUCUGUUGCAUGUUAUGGGUUAAUGUUCCUGUAAUUGCAGUGCCGUAAAAGCUUAUUAAAGUUCUCCUUUUGGUUUUA